GUGGCAUCUUCACUAUGUAGGCUGACGUUUGAACUGAUGGGAAGUAGAUAGCUCUCUUAUUUCUAGUUCGACAUUUUACAUUCAGACCCUUCAACUUUCAGCUCAACUCAACAUGUAACUGGUACCCAGACUCACCCGACAGACUGACUGCACGGCUCAUUUGGUGCUGUUUCAACUGUUACCAGCAUGAUUCCGCCAGCCAACAUGCCCCUGGAGGAACCGAUAGGGAAGGAGAACGAACGGGAGGAGCGUGAGCCUCAGUCCCCGACAUCCAUCAGCCAGCAGGAGUCAAAGCUGCAGAGACUAAAGCGCUCGCUCUCCUUCAAGACCAAGAGUCUCCGCAGCAAAAGCGCUGACAAUUUUUUCCAGCGGCCCAUCGAGGAUGUGAAGUUUCAAACGGAACUGCUCUCUGAUGUCAGCAGCAGCACGGGUCACCUGAGCACCAUCGGGGUGUCUGUCUCCACUCCCACAGCCAUGUCCUUACCCCCGCCACCCCCUCCGCUUCCCCCCGUCAUCCCGGGAAACCUGCCCAUCACGAUCUGUUCUCCGUCCCGGGCCCCGCGUCAGAUGGACCCCAACGCGCACACCUUUCUGGAGCACAUCUUUAAGAAACCUCACUUUUGUGACAUGUGCAACCACAUGAUUGUAGCUUGCCAAGGGGGAGCAGGCAAGGUGUUUGGCCCCAACGCUAAACUGGGUCUCCGAUGCAAGGCCUGCAAGAUGGGCAUCCACCACAAGUGCCUGGAUAGAGUUGGACAGCAGAAAUGCAUGGGGAAACUGCCCAAAGGUUUUCGGAGAUAUUCAAGCUCUCCUCUGCUAAUACAGGAACAGUUUGGCUGCAUCCGAGAGGUUAUGCCCAUUGCUUGUGGCAGUAAAGUUGACCCAGUUUACGAGACACUAAGAUUUGGAACCUCUCUGGCACAGAAGACCAAGCGGACCAGUGGAUCAGAAUCACCACAGAGAAACUCUACCAGUGAUGUUGCUCAGGUACAGGUAGAGAAGGCCGCCCACAGCAGUCGAGCUCAACUUACCAGGAAACCCAGCGAUAAUGUUUUUACACCUUUGGAGAAUGGAACAGAACCUUUUCAUGUUGCUGAGAUGAAAUCAGAAGACUCCCCUUCAAACAGAGAUUUAAAGAGGGACCUUCUGCAGCUCAAUACUUAUGUGGCUUUGUUCAGAUUUACCCCGCAAGACAGCCAAGACCUGGAAAUGAGACCUGGGGAUCGAAUAAUCGUGGCUGAUGAUUCUAAUGACGAUUGGUGGAAGGGUGUGAUCGACGACAGAAUAGGUUUUUUCCCAGUGUCAUAUACACAACAGGUGAAGGCGGGCGACAGGGUGUUCAGAUGUAACCGAACCUUUAUUGGCUGUAAGGAGCAAGGGCAGAUUACCCUAAAGGAGGGGCAAAUUUGUGUCAGCAGUGAGGAUGAAAGCAACGGCUUCAUCAGUGUAGCCAGUGGGAAGAAGAGAGGAUUCGUACCCUGUGAUGUCCUGGAGAAUAAAUGAAGUGUAGUUGAAGCCUGAUGCGGAAGUAGAUAAAAAGGUUAUGGAAAACAAAGGAACUUUCCAAGGUCAUGGCUCGAGCACUGCCUCUGUGACUGUUGGGGUUCAGGAGAAACAUGUACCAAGAGGAUUCGUGGAUUUGUCUAGUGUAACCACACACACACACGCUCAGGUGGGAUCAGAACGCUCAUGUUCUAACCCUUUUUCCUUCAAAGGAAACUGACAAAAGAAGGAAUUGUGUGUGUUUGUCAUGAACCGUGUGUCUUUUGGUUAUUUUUCUUCGUUUGAGAGAAUUUUUGCUUACUGUAUUUCAUUUAUUGAAGGUUAGUCUAGACUAGAGGGUCAUGUACUGCAGCAGUUUUCAUUACAAACUGUUUACUGUAUCAAAACUCUUUUUUUUUUGCUAAAGUAACAUAUGUAACUCUUUAAAGUCUGAUUACGUGUCUUUUUUGAUCUAAUGUAUGUUAGGUGUUGUUUUCAAUAAAUGUGCAGAAGGUUUUUUGGUAACUAUUUUGCUGCUGUCAGCGACACUUGAGAAUUAGAUUCAUUAAACCUGUAUUUGCAGAGUACGGUGCUGUGAUGAAAAGAAGUACACGAGAGCAAUGAACAGAUCUCAGCUGUGUCAAGAUUCUGAGUGUUUUCAGAUGUUACAUUAUGCCACAAAGGCUUUUAAUUCAAAGCAGGAGCAGUAGGAAAAGACAUGCUUUCUUUUGCUGGAGCUUUGAUUAAGCAAUGUCAUCAAACAAAACAUGCCAAGCUAUAGGAAAGACCUAUAUAUUUAAUGAUCUUAAAUUGUCACCGCUGUCUUGAUUUGAAUUUAUGAUAUGUCCUGUCAUGUUAUAAUUAAGUUAACCAAACAUUAUCUUAUAUUAUUUUAGGGAUGCAAAAUCAUUUUGAUGUUUGCAUUAUUAAUAUUAAUAAGUAAUUGAAGCACACUGAAGAAACGUUCUGUUGCAGCAUAUACUGUAUGUAUGGCAGAUAAUUAUGUGAUAUAUAGACCAUUUUGCAAGAUGUAAACUGGUCCGGAAGCACGUUUAGUUUUCAUUUUUAACACUACACAAACAUUAGAAUACAAUACAACAAGCAGAGCACUUAGAACUGAAUCUUAAUUGAAUGAUAUAUGUGAAUAAAAAAAAACUACAAACAAGAGGUGCUUCUGGACCAGGGUUGUUUAUGUCUUGCAAAAUAGUGUAUGCUGCACUAGUAAGGCAUGUCUGGAAGAAGAUUUUGUCUGUCUUUACAGUAAAGAUUCUAAUUGAAUGUUUUUUUAUUUGGGUCUAGUCAUGAAAGUAUAGGCAUCAUGUUUGGUCUGUUUAAAUGAUGCAUAAUCUUAAUAGAAUGUCUUAUAGAGCCAUACAUUUACUCUUUACAGUAAAUUUAUAUUUAUAUUAUUUUAACUUGAGAUAAAUGAAGUUGUCUAAUUUUUACAGCAUCAGUAAUGCUAUUACAGUGAAGAUAUUUUAUGUACAGAAUUAAAGUUUAUUUAUUGA